UUAAAAUUUGUAAUAAUUUUAAGAAUAGUGUUAUUCCUUACUGUUGUUGUACUUAUAUUAUUUUUUCAUUUUAUGGUGCUAGUCAGCUGAUUUCUGAACUACUUAUCUUUUCUGCUAUCAUCGUUCUGCUUUGUUGCAAUUGUUGUAUCAGAAAUUACUGCCUUAUCGGACAACAGGCAUCUGUUAUUGGAUUUGGCAGAAUGGCUCGCAAACAACUGCUUUUGUUAUUCACGGCAUUCUGCGCCGUGUCCGCGCAGUUUCCUCCCUACGUGGAGGAUUGUCGCCAUGGCACGUAUCCCCCAGCGGAUGCGCCCUACCGUCCCGUUAACGUCCCCACCUACCAAAUCAAUCUAGAUCUUCCUGGCGAGAAACGCUGGACGGAACUGGCGACAGACAAGGCUCAGGAGAUGCGCGAUCUGAUAGCUGUCAUCAAGAGUCUCGUAAACAGCUUCUCCGGUGGACUGAUCAUUGACAUUGUCGACCGUGAUCUGCCCAAACUGAUGAGCGGCCUUCCCGAUAUCGCCGUUGCCGAGAUGACGGGCAUCGCACAGGCCUCCGGUGUUCCCUUGGGAGAAGUCUAUCUGUACAAUUUAUUUUACGAAUUCAACGCCCUCUGUACGUCCAUCGUCAGCGAAGACCCAUCAGGUGAAAUCUACCAUGCACGCAAUAUGGAUUUUGGACUGUUUAUGGGCUGGGAUGUGCAUAACGAUACAUGGCUGCUGACGGAAAAACUCCGCCCCCUGGUGGUCAAUGUGGAGUUUACGAAAAAUAACCAGACGGUAUUCAAGGGUGUCAAUUUUGUCGGGUAUAUUGGUAUUAUCACCGGGAUGAAGCCGCAGAAAUUCUCCUUGACGGUGAACGAGCGAUACAGCUUGAAAGGAUCGGGUCUAGCUGGAAUUCUGAAAUGGAUUCUGGGAACGCAUACGGGCAACUGGAUGGGUUUCUUGACCAGAACGGUGUUCGAAACUGUGGACACCUUCAGCGACGCCAAGAAUAUCCUCUCUACGAAGCAGCUGAUUGGGCCCAUCUAUUUUAUCCUCGGUGGAGUGGAAAGCGGAGAGGGUGCUGUUAUUACGCGCGCUGCCGACAAGGCUUUGGAUAUUUGGAAUCUUAACAUCACAAACAACACAUGGUAUAUUCUGGAAACCAACUACGACCACUGGAAGAAGCCACUGUUUAUUGAUGACCGUCGAACCCCGGCCAUGAAAUGCAUGAACACAAUGGGAAGGGCUAAUGCCACGCUGCCGAACAUUUUCGAUGUGUUGAACACAAAGCCCGUGCUUAACAAAUUAACCGCGUACACCACCUUGAUGCACGUGAAAACCGGACAAAUGGAAACUUAUCUGCGUUAUUGUAGUGAUCCAUGUUGGCCGUGGUAAUCAGUAGCUGAAUGUGUGUUUGCGGGCAGCAGAGAUUAGCUUUCUUUUAUACAAGAUUAUGUACUUCAUUCCUGUGACUGUCUGGUGUCUUUCAUCUCUUGUUAUCUAGAAGUUUUGAUUAGAAAUUAUUGUUGUUUUUGAAUAUAUAUAUAGAACGCGACGUUUUCAUCGUGACAGUGCACGAAUUAAGCAAAAUUUCCAAUCACCCGCGGAAGAUGUGUGCUUUUUAUUGCACACGUUCAAUGUAUUUUACAUAUAUGCCACACAUUUGCAUUAUCCCGGUUGUUCUGACAAAAAGACAACUCGAGAUGCAUUCCUCGAAAUCCAAUGAUGAAACGUUUUUUGUAAAAAUUCGUUACUUAUAUGUUCUUCAAGUUGAAUUUUGGUAAAAAGAUCUUUUAAAACAUUUCUGCGCCGAUUGUGUUGACAAGAUCCCAAGGAGGUUUGAAAAUUUCAGAAUUGCUGCGAAAUGACAUAAUUCAGUGCGUAUGAUCGCACAGUUUAGAUAGGCGGAAUUUUGUUUUCCCUCGAAAACUUACUUGGAAUUUCAGACCAUUUAUGUAGUUUUGUACCCAGGAAAAUCCCAAACAGAAGGCAACUACGAUAAAAUCUGAUGUCGGCACACAUGUUGUGUUAUCAGUUCCGCUGCUGGUGUAAUUUACUGCUACAUGUGAUUCGAUAUUAGCCAAGUCAGAUUUAAUUAAAGUAUCUGUACAGCUAUAAAAGAAACUUGAAGUGCUUUAUGUUUCGUCAAACACAAGCACUAGUGCUGAUACCAAAUUCGUGCUGCAUCCUCGUUUUUGGAUUCUAUUAAUUUGUGAAAUAGAGUAUUGCCGCGCCAGAUCCAAGUUUACUGCUUUACGACCAAAAUGUUUGCCCCACGUUUUACUGGAAUUCUGGUAACGAUUGCCCUGUUGUUAAUACAUCUCACUUACGGAAAUGUUGCAACUUGGUAUAGAAGUGCCGGUAUUGCCAGCCAUUCUUUCCACACCGCAGAUACUUUUGCUCAUCAUUUCCGAAAAUUAUUAAGCAAACGGGAUCUAAGCACAGUGGCUAAUAAUAAAGCCGCGGAUGGUGGAAUGGGCUCCACGGGUAUCAGUACCGGUUUGGGCUUUCAGUCGUCCAGUUCCGGUAAAGGAUCAGCCAUGACGAAAACGGGAGUGCUGUUGCGGGGGGCCGAUGCCACGUCCGACUCGACCCAGAUAUUCAUGGCUCAUUCGGAUGCCAAUACCAACAGCAAAAAUGCGGAUGUUCAUAGCAGUAGUGCGGGCUCAUCCUCACCUGUUGCACUGCCGUCCAAAACCUGAAAGGCUGUACAGUCUGUACAGAAUUUUGUACAUUUUUAUGUUUUCUGUUGUAUAUUGCCAUGCGAAAGUCUUCUUCCUGAUGUAUUAUUAAUUGUGCAGAGUAAUCUUAUGCUUAAUUACGAAUACUAUAGCUCUGAAUCUGAAUGCGUGUUGCACUGACUUUAAAAAUAGCCUACGAAAAAUG